AAAUUAAAACCAUAAACAUUAGAAAAACCAUAAACCCUGACAUUUUUUGUAGUGCACAGAACCGUCGAUAUUACCAAAAAUCCAAAAUCAUGCGCCAUUGAGAUCUGAGAGUCUUUGAUUCGAGAUCUCUCCGAUCAAAAUUUUCAGAUGCCUUCCGCCUAUUAUUUUCUGCUAUUCGCAACUGUAAUUCUUCACUGCUAUCGUUUCAGCGUAGCUGAUUCUAUCCAAGGAUGCGGCGGAUUCGUUGAGGCAAGCUCGGAGCUGAUAAAGUCGAGGAAGCCCACUGAUGGCAAAUUGGAUUACUCUCAUGUUACGGUUGAGUUACGGACAGUGGAUGGCUUGGUUAAGGACCGGACACAAUGUGCUCCCAACGGUUACUACUUCAUUCCUGUUUACGAUAAGGGUUCUUAUGUGAUCAAAAUUAAGGGGCCUGAGGGAUGGACGUAUGCCCCUGAACAAGUUGAGUUUCUUGGUUAUGCCUCAGUUCCUGUUGUUGUUGAUCACACUGGUUGUAACGCCAAUGAAGAUAUUAAUUUUCGAUUUACUGGCUUCACCUUAUCUGGAAGAGUCGUGGGAGCAGUUUCAGGGGAUAGCUGUUCACAUAAAGAUGGUGGUCCAUCAAAUGUGAACGUUGAGCUUAUAUCUCACAGUGGAGAUGUUGUCUCUUCAGUUUCAACUACAUCAACAGGAAGUUACUCAUUCAACAAUAUUAUUCCAGGAAAGUAUAAAAUAGUUGCUUCACGUCAUGAUUUAAGUAUUGAAAGCAAGGGUUCUCAAGAGGUGGAAUUAGGGUUUCAAAAUGGUGUGCUCAGUGAUAUUUUCUUUGCAUCUGGCUAUGAUAUUCGUGGAUAUGUAGUUGCACAGGGAAAUCCCAUAUUGGGAGUUCAUUUUUAUCUGUAUUCGGAUGACAUUUUGGAGGUGAAUUGCCCACAUAACUCUGGUAAUGCUCCUGGGCUGGGGAAAGCUCUGUGUCAUGCUGUAUCUGAUGCUGAUGGGAUGUUCAGAUUCAGAUCAAUUCCAUGUGGAACCUACAAGCUCAUACCUUUUUACAAGGGUGAGAAUACUGUAUUUGAUGUAUCACCUCCUUCACUGGUGGUGUCUGUCCAGCAUGAUCACGCAAUAGUCCCUCAAAGGUUUCAGGUUACUGGGUUUUCUGUUGGGGGUCGUGUUGUUGAUGGUAAUGGCGUUGGAGUGGAUCAUGCAAAAAUUAUAGUUGAUGGCCAUGAAAGAUCAAUAACUGAUAGAGAGGGUCAUUACAAGCUUGAUCAGGUAACAUCAAAAAGAUACAGUAUUGAAGCUAAGAAGGAGCACUACAAGUUUGAAAGGCUGAGUGAUUUUUUGGUCUUACCAAACAUGGCUUCAAUUGCUGAUAUCAAAGCAGUUGCAUACGAUAUAUGUGGCAUGGCUCUGACAGUUAAUUCUGCUUACAAGGCGAAGGUUGCUUUGACUCAUGGGCCAGAGAAUGUCAAACCCCAACUGAAACUAACUGAUGAAGGUGGCAAGUUUUGCUUUCAGGUUCCACCUGGUGGUUACCGCUUAUCUGCUAUUGCAGCCGCACCUGAGAGUGCUCCUGAACUGCAGUUUUCUCCACAUCACAUUGAUGUCGUUAUUGAUAAACCAUUGCUAGAUGUCAAGUUUUAUCAGGCACAAGUCAAUAUUCGUGGAUCUGUGGUAUGCAAAGAUAUAUGUGGGCCUUCUAUUUCUGUUAAGCUUGUGAGACUGGAUGGUAAAAGUAAAGAAGAGAGGACAGUUAAUCUAACUGAUCAGAGCAGCGAUUUUUCAUUUUCCAGUGUACUCCCUGGUAAAUAUAGAGUUGAGGUCAAUAACUAUUCCCCUGGAACCACAUCGGGAGAAGAUAUAUGGUGCUGGGAACAGAACUUUAUAAACGUGAAUGUUGGUGUGGAGGAUGUUGAAGGGAUUACUUUCAUUCAAAAAGGUUAUUGGAUUAGGAUAAUCUCCAGCCAUGAUGUGGAUGCUUACUUGGUACAAGCAGACAGUUCUCGUGUGAACUUGAAAAUCAAGAGAGGUUCCCAAAAGAUUUGUGUAACGUCUCCUGGUGUCCAUGAACUCCAUUUCAUCGACUCAUGUAUUUCUUUUGGGAGCUCCAGUCUAGGAGUUGAUACGUCAGACCUAUCACCUAUUAAUUUAAAGGGUGAAAAGUACCUGCUUAAAGGACAUGUACAUGUUUUGGAUAAGAACUUGCCUGAUGACAUACCUGUUGAUAUCUUUGACAAUCAAGAAACAUUGGUUGGUAGUACUACUGCCAAAUUUGUCUCCUCUGAAGUUCAUCCAUCAGGAGCCGCCGUCUAUGAGUAUUCUGUUUGGUCUAAGUUCGGAGAAAAACUCAGUUUUGCCCCUCGGGAUUCAAGGACUGGUAUCCAAAAGAAAUUAUUAUUUUACCCAAGAAAACAGCAUGUCUCAGUAGAACAAGAUGGCUGCCAAGCUCCAAUUGCUCCGUUUUCUGGUCGAUUGGGACUAUAUAUUGAAGGAUCAGUUUCACCCCCUCUUACAGAUGUUAACAUACGAGUUGUUGCCGAGGGUGACAGCCAGGUUUCUCCCCUCAAGCGAGGGGAUACAUCACUUGAAACUACCACGGGAACAGAUGGUUUAUUUGGUGCAGGACCUCUCUAUGAUGAUAUAAGUUACAGUGUGGAGGCAUCAAAGCAUGGUUAUCAUGUAAAACAAGUCGGAAAGUAUUCGUUUUCAUGCCAGAAGCUGGGUCAAAUUUCUGUACGAUUAUAUUCUAGAGAAGACAGCAAUGAACCUUUUCCGUCUGUUCUCUUGUCAUUGAGUGGUGAAGAUGGGUAUAGGAACAAUUCUGUAUCCAGAGUUGGUGGAGCUUUCAUUUUUGAUAACUUAUUUCCAGGAAGUUUCUACCUCCGACCUUUAUUGAAGGAAUAUGCUUUCUCCCCUGCUGCGCAGGCAAUUGACCUUGGAUCUGGGGAAUCAAAGGAAGUUGUCUUUCAUGCUACUCGUGUUGCUUUUAGUGCAUUAGGCAAGGUAACACUUUUGUCGGGUCAACCAAAGGAAGGUGUCUCCAUUGAAGCGAGGGCUGAGUCAAAAGGAUUUUAUGAAGAAACAGUAACUGAUUCCUCAGGAAGUUACCGUCUCAGGGGACUCCAACCUGACACUACGUAUGUAAUAAAAAUAGCAAGGAAGAGUGAGCAUGAUGGUGCCCUUAUUGAGCGUGCAUCUCCAAUGUCCUUGACUGUUAAGGUUGGCAAUGAAGAUAUCAAGGAUCAAGAUUUUGUGGUCUUUGAACAGCCAGAUAUAACCAUUUUAAGUGGCCAUGUUGAUGGAAAGGAUUUUAAGGAACUGCAUUCUCACAUCAGGGUGGAAAUUAUAUCAUUACCAUCAAAGGUUGAGACCAUCUUUCCAUUGCCAAUUUCAAACUUUUUCCAGGUGAAGGACUUACCCAAGGGUAAGCACCUCGUCCAGCUUCGAUCCACUGUGCCAUCCAGUACUUAUAAAUUUGAGUCUGAGGUUGUUGAGGUCGACUUAGAGAGCCAACCACAAAUCCACGUCGGUCCACUAAGCUAUAGGAUUGUCGAGGACGUCUACAAGCAGGAACUGACUACUGCACCUGUGUAUCCUCUGGUUGUUGGGGUUUCAGCGGUUGCUCUGUUCAUAACCAUGCCAAGAUGGAAGGAUCUAUAUCAAGCUGUGGCAGGGAUGUCCAGCGUCAGUGCAAAGAAAGAUGUGAAGAAGCUCUCUAUCAGAAAAAAGACCUAUUGAAGCAUCAUAACUUAUUAAAUCACUCAAAUCUGCUUUAUUUAGCCCCUCAAUGUAGUUUGGCUCAAAAUAGUUGGAAGAGGUCUUUAAAAAGCCUUAGCAAAUCCGGAAUGGAAAUUUUGUUCCAUGAAGCCAGGGUUCAACACAUUAUUACAUGGUGUUUUUUUUAUAGAAUCUAAACAUACCAUUUUUGUAGCAAUUAUUUCUAAUGAGAAAUUAAUUAGUUAAGCGCA